AUGGAAUAUUUACAAGAUCCAAUAAAGAAUUGCUUAAAAAAAGAUACAUGUAUUUUUCUAGUCUUAGCACUUGCAUCAAAAAGCGAAACACAAAAAUUUGGUAUAACAAAAACAAGUUCAUUUAUAAGUAUUCCAGCAUUUUAUGCAAUUAAUAGUCUACCAUUAAUUAAAGCUGAUUGUUUAAAAUUUUUACUUGAUGUUAGAAAUCAAAUUGAUCGUCAUGUAUUACUUAUUUCAGUACCUGAAUGUGUUCGAUAUUUGUCAUCGAAUAAUAUUGUUGUACAAACAUAUGCAGCACAUGCUAUUGAACGUUUAUUACUUAACUCAUCGAAACUAGUUUUAAUUGUAUCAAAAAAUCCUGGUCUACUUGAUCAAUUUGCACAAAUACUUUUUCCUGUAUUUACACCAAUAUUUACAGAAGAUAUUGCUGAAUUUGUUCCAUAUGUAUUACAAAUAAUUGGAUUUAUAUUAGAAUCUCGUUCAUCAGGAUCAAUAUCAAUAGCUGAUGCAUAUCGAGCAUUAUUUCAAUUAAUACUUACACUAUCAUUUUGGGAUCGUAGUGGAAAUAUUCCGGCAUUAUCAAGACUUUUACAAACAUAUAUUGAAAAAGCAGGAGAAACAAUUGUUCUUGAAAAAUUAACAACUAUACUCGGUGUAUUUCAACAUCUUGUUUCUCAAUCAAAAGUUCAUGAUCAUGAAGGUUUUGCAAUAUUAAAUUCAUUAAUUAUUAAUUUACCAGCUACAUAUUUAAAUAAUUAUUUAAAAGAUAUAUUUAUUGUUAUAUUUACUCGUUUAACAAAAGCUAAAAUACAAAAAUUAAUAUGA